CGGCGCCCAGUGCAGGAUGGUGCUGGAGGCGGCGGCGGCCGUGGUGGCGGCGGCGGCGUCGUUGGCUGCAACGGGAGGGGGUGCUGUGGCGGCAGCGGCGGCGGCGCCCGCGGUUGGUGUAAAAUGGCGGAUUUCGAAGAGUUGAGGAAUAUGGUUUCUAGUUUUAGGGUUUCUGAACUACAAGUAUUACUAGGCUUUGCUGGGCGGAAUAAAAGUGGACGCAAGCAUGACCUCCUGAUGAGGGUGUUGCAUUUAUUGAAGAGCGGCUGCAGCCCUGCGGUUCAGAUUAAAAUCCGAGAAUUGUAUAGACGCCGAUACCCACGGACUCUUGAAGGACUUUCUGAUUUGUCCACAAUCAAAUCAUCAGUUUUCAGUUAGGAUGGUAGCUCAUCGCCUGUAGAACCUGAGUUGGCCAUGGCUGGAAUCCACGCGUUGCCUUCCACUUCAGUUACACCCCACUCACCAUCCUCUCCUGUUGGUUCUGUGUUGCUUCAAGAUACUAAGCCCACGUUUGAGAUGCAGCAGCCAUCUCCCCCAAUUCCUCCUGUCCAUCCUGAUGUGCAGUUAAAAAACUUACCCUUUUAUGAUGUUCUUGAUGUUCUCAUCAAGCCCACAAGUUUAGUUCAAAGCAGUAUUCAACGAUUUCAAGAGAAGUUUUUUAUUUUUGCUCUGACACCUCAGCAAGUUAGAGAGAUAUGCAUAUCCAGGGAUUUUUUGCCAGGUGGUAGGAGAGAUUAUACAGUCCAAGUUCAGCUGAGACUUUGCCUGGCAGAGACAAGCUGCCCUCAAGAAGAUAACUAUCCCAAUAGUCUGUGUAUAAAAGUAAAUGGGAAGCUGUUUCCUUUGCCUGGCUACGCACCACCGCCUAAAAAUGGGAUUGAACAGAAGCGCCCUGGACGCCCUUUGAAUAUCACAUCUUUAGUUCGGUUAUCUUCCGCUGUGCCAAACCAGAUUUCCAUUUCUUGGGCAUCAGAAAUCGGAAAGAAUUACUCCAUGUCUGUAUAUCUUGUACGACAGCUCACAUCAGCCAUGUUAUUACAGAGAUUAAAAAUGAAAGGUAUUAGAAACCCUGAUCAUUCCAGAGCACUAAUUAAAGAAAAACUUACUGCAGAUCCUGAUAGUGAAAUUGCUACAACGAGCCUUCGGGUAUCCUUGAUGUGCCCUUUAGGGAAAAUGAGGUUGACAAUCCCAUGCCGUGCAGUGACUUGUACACAUCUGCAGUGUUUUGAUGCGGCCCUUUAUCUGCAAAUGAAUGAGAAAAAGCCCACCUGGAUAUGUCCUGUGUGUGACAAAAAAGCUGCCUAUGAAAGUUUAAUUUUAGAUGGGCUUUUUAUGGAAAUUCUCAAUGACUGUUCUGAUGUGGAUGAGAUCAAAUUCCAAGAAGAUGGCUCUUGGUGUCCAAUGAGACCGAAGAAAGAAGCUAUGAAAGUGUCCAGCCAACCCUGUACAAAAAUAGAAAGUUCAAGUGUCCUCAGUAAGCCUUGUUCAGUGACUGUAGCCAAUGAGGCAAGCAAGAAGAAAGUGGAUGUUAUUGACUUAACAAUAGAAAGCUCUUCUGAUGAAGAGGAAGAUCCCCCUGCCAAACGGAAGUGCAUCUUUAUGUCAGAAACACAAAGCAGCCCAACCAAAGGGGUUCUCAUGUAUCAGCCAUCUUCUGUAAGGGUGCCCAGUGUGACUUCGGUUGGUCCUGCUGCUAUUCCGCCUUCCUUAACAGACUACUCAGUACCAUUCCACCACACGCCAAUAUCAAGCAUGUCAUCAGAUUUGCCAGGUUUGGAUUUUCUUUCCCUUAUUCCAGUUGAUCCCCAGCAGUACUGUCCUCCUAUGUUUUUGGAUAGUCUCACCUCACCCUUAACAGCAAGCAGUACGUCUGUCACCACCACCAGCCCCCAUGAAAGCAGUACUCAUGUUAGCUCAUCCAGCAGCAGGAGUGAGACAGGGGUCAUUACCAGCAGUGGAAGUAACAUUCCUGACAUCAUCUCAUUGGACUAAAGGAGGACUCACUCGAUUCUAGGAAUCAUGCAUCAAAACUGCUCUUUCUUGGAUCUCUGGUCCGUGGAAGCUAUUUUUUUGGUAACAAUUACUUUGGUAUUUAUUGAAACGUCAAAUGGAUUCUUUUGCUUUCUGAGAUAACACAGAUGACUGCAGCAAGAACCAAAUGACACACAGGAUUUUUCUUACUCAUAUGCUGUACUCUGAGCAUCAGAUGCAUUCAGCCAUGACUAUCUUCUUGGGAGAUGGAUUUCAAUUUCAUAUGUGACUGGAUGGAUUCUACAAAUAAGUUACAAAUUUUUUUGUUGUAAUAAGCAGCAAUAAAAUUAUGUAAAUGUUCAAGUAAACUUUAAUUAAAAAAAGAUG